UACUCGGCGGUGCCGCCAUGACUAUUCUCCCCCAAAAGAAACCGCCGCCUCCCGACGCCGACCCCACCAACGAGCCGCCGCCGCCGCCCGGGCCGCUGCCCCCGGCGCCUCGCCGCGGCGAUCGCGACCGUGACUCGGGCGUCGUUGGCGCCCGUCCUCGAGCCUCGCCACCGCCUCAGGGCCCGCUCCCGGGGCCACCGGGUGCCCUCCAUCGCUGGGCGCUGGCCGUGCCGCCCGGCGCCGUGGCAGGCCCCCGGCCACAGCAGGCCUCUUCUCCUCCUUGCAGGGGCCCCGGCGGUCCCGGGGACGCGUUGGGUGCCACGGCAACGGGCGUGGGCGUGGCGGUGGGCGUGGCGGUGGGCGUGGGCAGUGCCGUGGGCGUGGGCGGCUGCUGCUCUGGGCCGGGUCGCAGCAAGCGGCGGCGUCAAGACACCGGGGUCGGCGCGGUUGGCGGGGCGAGUCCUGAGCGUGAGGAGGUCGGCGCCGGUUACAACAGUGAGGAUGAGUAUGAAGCGGCUGCGGCGCGCAUAGAGACCAUGGACCCCGCCGCCGUCGCGCAGCAGGAGCGCUGGUUUGAAAAGGCCCUGCGAGACAAGAAGGGCUUCAUCAUCAAGCAGAUGAAGGAGGACGGCGCCUGCCUCUUCCGGGCUGUGGCUGACCAGGUGUACGGAGACCAGGACAUGCAUGAGGUCGUGCGAAGGCAUUGCAUGGACUAUCUGAUGAAGAAUGCCGACUACUUCUCUAACUAUGUCACAGAGGACUUUACCACCUACAUCCACCGGAAGCGGAAAAACAACUGCCAUGGCAACCACGUCGAGAUGCAGGCCAUGGCAGAGAUGUACAACCGGCCCGUGGAGGUGUACCAGUACAGCACAGAACCCAUCAACACAUUCCAUGGGAUCCAUCAAAAUGAGGACGCACCCAUCCGUGUCAGCUACCAUCGGAAUAUCCACUACAAUUCAGUGGUGAAUCCUAACAAGGCCACCAUUGGCGUGGGGCUGGGCCUGCCGUCAUUCAAGCCGGGCUCUGCAGAGCAGUCCCUGAUGAAGAAUGCCAUCAAAACCUCGGAGGAGUCGUGGAUUGAACAGCAGAUGCUGGAAGACAAGAAGCGGGCCACAGACUGGGAGGCCACAGAGGAGGCCAUCGAGGAGCAAGUGGCUCGGGAGUCCUACCUGCAGUGGCUGAGCGAUCAGCAGAGACAGGCUCGCCAAGCCCGCGGCCCCAGCCAGCCCCGGGAGGCCAGCGCCACGUGCAGCUCUGCCACAGCAGCAGCCUCCAGUGGUCUGGAGGAGUGGACCAGCCGGUCCCCAAGGCAGCGGAGUUCAGCCUCGUCACCCGAGCACCCUGAGCUGCGUGCCGAGCUGGGCCUCAAGCCCCCUUCCCCAGGCACUGUCUUAGCUCUUGCCAAACCUCCUUCACCCUGUGCACCAGGUACAAGCAGCCAGUUCUCGACAGGGGCCGACCGGGCUACUUCUCCCCUCGUGUCCCUCUACCCUGCUCUGGAGUGCCGGGCCCUCAUUCAGCAGAUGUCCCCCUCUGCCUUUGGCCUGAACGACUGGGAUGACGAUGAGAUCCUAGCGUCGGUGCUGGCAGUGUCCCAACAGGAAUACCUAGACAGUAUGAAGAAAAACAAAGUGCACGGAGACCCACCCCCAGACAAGAGUUGAUGGAGACCCAGAGACUGGAGACCAUCUCCCAACCCCCACACUCCUGCCCUCUGGUGCCACCCCACCUUCUUUGGUUUUCUUCCCUCUUGCCAUCUUCCUUCUUCCCUCU